CCUCAUCCUCCUCCUUCCCCGCAUCUCAUUAUCCUCCAGAGCGUCUCUAGGUGAUUUAGCGCCGCCAGUCUGGAGCAGGUGUUCAACAUGGCGAGCUUGGCGAGCGGAUCUCUCUCUCUUACACUCUUCACCUGCCUCGUUUUCACAGCUUUUCUGCGUCAAGGAGCUACCCAGAUAAUAACAGCACAGGGUCAGAACCUGGUGACGGCAAACGUGUCCGUGAUUGAGGGUGAAACGGCCACCAUCAGCUGCCGGGUGAAAAACAACGACGACUCGGUCAUCCAGCUCCUCAACCCUAACAGACAGACCAUUUACUUCCGAGACGUCAGACCUCUUAAGGACAGCCGUUUUCAGCUGGUUAACUUCUCUGACAAUGAGCUGCGCGUGUCACUGUCCAACGUGACACUCUUGGAUGAGGGAAGAUACGUGUGCCAGCUCUACACGGACCCCCCGCAGGAGGCCUACGCCGACAUCACUGUGCUUGUUCCACCAAGCAACCUAAUCAUCGAGUCACGUGAGGAUGUGGUGAGCGAAGGGAAUGAGACUGAGAUAACCUGCACAGCUAUGGGCAGCAAGCCCGCCUCCAGCAUCGUGUGGAUGAAAGGAGAUCAGAUCCUACAAGGUGAGGAAACAGUGGAGGAGACGUAUGACAGGAUGUUCACCGUUACUAGCCGGCUCAGUCUCACCGUCUCCAAGGAGGACGAUGGAGUGGCCGUCAUCUGCAUCAUUGACCAUCCAGCUGUGAAGGACUUCCAAGCCCAGAAAUACCUGGAAGUGCAAUAUAAACCAGAGGUAAAGAUUGUUGUGGAGUUUCCAGAGGGCCUGACAAGAGAAGGGGAAAACCUUGAGCUGACCUGCAUGGCAAAAGGCAAACCUCAGCCUCAUCAAAUUAACUGGUUCAAAGUAGAUGAUGACGUUCCCUCCCACGCCGUGAUUACAGGCUCCGAUCUCCUCAUCGAGAACCUCAACAAGUCCUACAAUGGGACUUACCGCUGCGUGGCGUCCAACUUAGUGGGUGAAGCGUACGAUGAUUACAUUCUCUAUGUCUAUGACGUUCCCGUCACAACCCCCCCACCCACUACUACCAUCAUCCACCCUGAUGCUGCCCAAGAUUCGAGAGCAGAUGCAGCAGGACAGAAAAUCGACCACGCUGUCAUCGGCGGAGUCGUCGCUGUGGUCGUAUUCGCCAUGCUCUGUCUGCUCAUCGUUUUGGGACGCUACUUUGCCAGACAUAAAGGUACCUACUUUACCCAUGAAGCCAAAGGAGCAGACGACGCAGCAGACGCCGACACAGCCAUCAUCAACGCCGAGGGAGGGCAAACCAACACGGAUGACAAAAAGGAAUAUUAUAUCUAACUCUGACUCUGUUAGCGUCUCUCCCUGCUGGACGAGAAGUGAGAGUUCUGUCGGGUUUGGAAGGAAGGGGGAGGGAGGGAUGAGGGGGGUGGGGGUUGUAGGGGUUUGUGGUUUAUGGUUAUCAGACUGGACUUAGACAAAGUGAUUUAACCAAGAGGAGAGGAGAGGAAAGAGGAGCAACGCUGCCAUCGAGACUGAAGAGGUGUAGGAUGGAGGAGCUCAAAGAGAGCGCACGUUUUCGAAACAAGCUUCACUAUCCGACACCUCCCAACGCCUCCCGCCGGUGCCAGUUUUGUUCAGUUUUUUCAACAUUCGUGGAAAAAGAAAAGAAAAAAAAUAUUUGUGCCUUGUUAUAUUUAUUUCAAAAGCACCUACUUCUUGUUCCUGCACCCACGACUUGCUGGCGUACUGCUGGCUCUCUUAGCAGGCCCAAUCAGACCACGCUUCUCCGACGCCCGCACACCAAACACACACUCCAGCGCUCACGCUGUUCCGCCAGCCAAGCAGAACAAACGCCAUCCGUGCUAAUACAAACGGCAACAUUCAGCCUCACAAGAACUGUUUACAUCUUUUUAAUGGGUCGGUUCCAAGUGAUUUAUCCGUUGUU